AUACAAAAGUAUUGAGUUAACCUAACUUGCAAAAAAACUUAUGCUGACUGUCAUUGAACGGAUCGUUCACGGAAAGCACGUCAGGCAGACGACAACAACAAAACAGAGCUACUGAGAGGGUGUUAGCGUAGUUAGCUAUCUGAGAUAAACAACUGGUGGUUUGGCCCGUGUGCUAUACCAUCUCGGCUGGGGUUUUUCAAACUAGACACUUAUUUUACAGCAGCAUGUUUAAUCUGUCCAACUAACCAUGGUUAUCGGUUAUUCUGUUCCAAUUUAGUCCAGCUAACGUUAGCAAAGUGGCUGCUAAGCUAGCUCUAUGUGUGCCAAACUAGAACAGGUUAGCUAGCUAGCUUAGUUGCUAGCUUGUUUGCUAGCUAACUCGCCUAGGCGAGGUGGAGACCAAGAAUAGUGGGAUGCGAGCAAAGUGAGCGUGUCCUUGAAUGACUAAAUGAGCAAGACAGGGACGUGCGAAGAACUCUGGGAGAUUCAAGAUGAAGUUGUAUGUGUUCCAGGUCAACAAUGGCAGCACAUUGACAUUUGACACAGAUCUUGCUGUCCAAACUGUGCUGGAGCUUAAACAUGCCAUUCAAGCCAAAUAUAAGAUUGCAAUUCAACAUCAAGUCCUUGUUGUCAAUGGAGGGGAAUGUAUGGCUACAGAGAGACGAGUCUGUAGCUACAGUGCUGGCACUGAAACCAACCCCAUAUUUCUGUUCAACAAAGAGAUGAUCUUGUGUGAUCGGGAUCCAACGAUUCCCAAAACCACCUUCUCAAUUGAGAGUGAGAUUCAGGUUAAGGUUGAGGAGUCUCUACUGAUGCCAGCUGUCUUUCAUACUGUUGCCUCACGAACACAGCUUGCUCUGGAAAUGUAUGAAGUUGCCAAGAAACUUUGUGCUUUCUGUGAACGUUUGGUUCACGAUGAACACCUACAACACCAAGGCUGGGCUGCUAUUAUGGCUAAUUUGGAUGACUGCACUCUAUCUUAUCAGAAGUUGCUCAUGAAAUUUGACACUGCAUACACAAAUUAUCAACAUGAUUUGGAAGAAAUUAAGAUAAAACUUACAAAGUUAGGGACAGCGGUUUCUGUAAUGGCCAGGAUACCACUGCUGGAAUGUCUGACAAGGCACAGUUACAGAGAAAGUAUAGAGAAGUCCAGCUCAACCCCAGAAAAAGAUUCAGAUGAGACAGAAGAAGAAAAAUCUACUGACUCUGUGCUCUGCACUACAGAUGCACAGAAGCCCUGCAAGUUAUCAGGGUCCUCCUCUGCUUCGGGGACAGCCACUUGUGAGCCAACUGGUGACCAGGAAACAAAUGAAAUGACUGACAGUGGUGGGCUGAGAGCUGCGCUGUUAGAUGAUGACACUCCAGAGCUUGCCAACCCGUCCUCCUUCAAUGUCACACUAUUAGACUGGAUCAAUGUACAAGACCGACCCAAUGAUGUGGAGUCAGUUGUGAGGAAAUGCUUUGACUCCAUCAAUAGGCUUGACCCACGCAUCAUUCAACCCUUCCUGGCUGAUUGUCGUGACACAAUUGCCAAGCUAGAUAAUCAAAACAUGAAGGCCAUCAAGGGGCUUGAGGAUAGGUUGUAUGCUCUAGACCAAAUGAUUGCAAGCUGUAAGAAGUUGGUAAAUGAACAGAAAGAACUUGCUCAGGGAUUUUUGGCCAACCAGAAGCGAGCUGAAAACCUGAAGGACACAUCUGUUCUGCCUGACUUGUGUCUGAGUCACACCAACCAGCUGAUGAUCAUGCUGAACAACCACAGGAAGCUGCUAGACAUCAAAAAGAAGUGCACCACUGCCAAACAAGAACUCGCAAACAACCUUCAAGUCCGACUCAAAUGGUGCUGCUACGUGAUGCUUCAUGCAGACCAGGAUGGGGAGAAGCUUCAGGCUCUACUAAGACUUCUGACAGAGCUAAUAGAAAGAGUGAGGGUGGUGGAGGCCCUCAGUACCGUGCCCCAGAUGUACUGCUUGGCAGUGGUGGAAGUAGUUAGAAGAAAAAUGUUUAUGCGACACUACAGAGAGUGGGCUUAUGCACUUGUGAAGGAUGGGAAGCGGCUGUAUGAGGCAGAGAAGUUCAAAAGGGAAUCCUUUGGAAAACUCUUUAGGAAGUCUUUCCUCAGAAAUCGUUUGUUUAGAGGACUUGAUUCAUGGCCUCCAACAUCAUUUUGCACUCGAAAGCCCAGAAGAUUUGAUGAUGAACUUCCAGACAUUUCACUUGAGGACCUGCAGUACUUGAAAUCGUGUUGUCCUGUAGAAGUGCAGCCUUUCCUUAUGGUUCCCACCAUGUGUGACUUCGAGCCCUUAAACCGCCAUGUAGAGACACUUCACCAGCUGGUCCAAGCAGCACAGAGUGUGGAUGAGAUGUCUCAAACUAUUACUGACCUACUAAGUGAACAAAAGGCAUUGUAUAGUCAGAGCACUCAGAGAUCAACUGCGCUGAGCCCACAGUCUGAAAGCAGACCCGGGACCACUACUUCUGUGUCCUCCAAAACCCCUUCCUUGCUUAGUCUUCAGGGACCCAGCUGCCAGCCCCUACUUGUUCCUGUCCCAGCUCCUCUAGAGGACUUGUCUCCAGACAGCAUUGAUGCACAGACAUUUGACUUUGAAACCAUUGGCCAUCCAAACAUGGAUCCAGUCCUGCAGCAGGGCUCCCUUGACCUGGAUUCUCUAGCAGAGAGUCCUGAAUCUGAUUUUAUGUCUGCUGUUAAUGAGUUUGUGAUUGAAGAGAACUUGACCUCGCCUAACCCUGUCAGUGACCUUACUAGUCCUGAAAUGAUGGUGGAGUCGUUGUACUCUUCAGUCAUCAAUGCUAUUGACAAUAGGCGUAUGCAGGAUACAACAAUACUAGAGAGGGAAAACUCAAAGAUCAUUGUCCUCAAACAAGUUAUUGACAAGUACCGAUUUGCUGCAGAGGAGUCCAGUUCCAACUUAACAAGUGUAAAAGAUGACCUGUAUCACUUGCGAUGUCUAGUAUUAAAAGAGCAACAUGACUUUGCCUUUGUCCUAAGCAAUAUGACCACAGAGGUGUGCAGCAUUGUGGACAACAUCUGCCAAACCCAUGAACUGGAGCUGAAAGAGCAGCAUCAAAGUGAGCUUCUCUCCCUUCGGCAAGAGCUUGAGAAGCAAGUUCAGACACUAACAGAGGAAAACCAAGUAAACCAGAAUAUUGUCAGAGACGUACAGCGUGCAAUGCUAGACCUGGAGGGUCUUAUGGAGCGUAAAGAGAAAGAACUUACUCAGCUUGAGAAUGAGAGAGAACGAUGGGUUGAAACAGAUAGUAGCCAGACAGGAAAGAUCAAAAACCUGGAGCAGAUGGUCAGUGAGCAAUCUGAAAACAUCAAGGCACUCUCAGCUUCAAGAGACUCACUGACCAGCCAGCUUGAGAAUCUGCACUUUGAGAUUGAACGUGGCCAGCAGAAGAUCCGACAAGAGCUGGAAGUUGUUGAGAAAACUCACUUAAAGGAAUUGGAGGACAGAGUGAAGCAGGAACAUAAGGCAGAACUGGAGACCCUUACCAAGGAUAACCAAGAGGCUCUGAAACAUCUAGCUGCUGAAAAUAGUGCAAAGUUAAGUGAGGCUGCUGGUCAACAUGUCAGUGCUCUUAGAGACAAGGACAACCAAAUCAAGAACUUGGAGGCUCGUAUUACUGAACUUGAAGAGCUCCGUUUCAAACUAGAGAUGGAGCUAGCCCUCAAAGAGUCAGAAACAGAAGAGGUGAGGCUCUUAUUUGAGGAGGCCAAGAUGCAACAGGCUGAGGCUGUGAAGUCCCAGGUAGAGGCUCAAACCAAACUCCUCAGUGAAGAGCUGGAAAAUGUCAAAAAACAGCUUCAGGUAAAAAAUGAGGAGUAUGAAGUUGACCUCGCAGAACUGAGGGCUCUUAUGAGGAUUGAGAAAGACCACUGCAUCUCAGAGCUUGUGGACAGACACGAGGAGGAGACUGCUUUGUUGCGCAAUGAGCUUUCCUCCUUGGAGCAGCGCUUCCAGGAUGCUGAGCGGAAGCAUGCUGAGAAGGAACAGAAAUUUAAACUGGAAUUAGACCAGCAAGUGGCUGCUCUAAGUGAAGAAAAAGAAAAGCAAUUGAGUAAUUUUGAAGUUCUGGAACAAGAGCUGAGGACUGUUGUCAGCAAUUUGCAGGCAGAAAAAGACCUGCUCCUUGAGAAACUAGAGCAGGCCAGGCAAGCAGUCAAGAAAGAAGAGGCCAUUAAGGUUGUAUCAUCUGAUGCCUUUAAAGAGUUAGAGCAGCAGAAGGGGGAAAUGGAGAAGAGACUCUUAGACAAAAUUAGACAACUUGAGAAUGAGCUUCGUGAGAGACAGUCCUCAAAGAGUGAAGAAGGGUUGUCGCUGCAUGCUGAGGGCCAUGCCAAUGCUGGAGCACCUCUGUCACUAGACUCAGCACUACAAGAGCGGCUGCAGCAGGAGAGGGCCUCGCUGGAGUCCCAGUUGGAGAUCCUGGAGAAGAAGAAGAAUGAGGAGAUACAGAAUCUCAAGACCUCAUUAAUUGCAGAGCAACAGACCAAUUUCAACACUGUUCUAACACGGGAGAAGCUAAAGAAGGAGCAGAUCAUCAAUGAGCUCACAGAGCAGUUGCGAACAGUUACCCAACAGCAGGAGAAGGACAAAGCUCUCAUAGAGACACUCUCUGAGGACCGGGCUAGUGUAAUGCAGGAGAAGAAACAUUUGGAAGAAGAGCUUAACCGCCUGCGCAGCACUGCGCUGGUCUCCUCUACUUUCUUCACUCCUAACCCAUCAGCUCAGGAGGGCACAGAACCCGGGGCAGCAGCAGGAGCCAGAGCUUUACAUGUUGCUGGGGCCUGUUACUCGGAGUCUGUGGCUGAAACUGACAGGCUGGGCUCUGUAGCAGCUGUUCGAGAUGAUGAACAUGUCGAAUCAGCAGUGGAAGCCAGUAUGGUGACAGUCCAUGAUAACAUCCUGAUGUCCGAAGAAAAACAGCGGAUUCUCAUACUCGAGAGGACUUUACACAUGAGGGAAGAAGAGAACAAGCGUCUCAGUCAAAGACUGAUGUCUCAAAGCAUGUCGUCUGUGUCAUCACGGCAUUCAGACAAAAUCGCCAUCAGAGACUUCCAGGUAGGCGAUUUGGUUCUAAUCAUCCUGGAUGAGAGGCAUGACAACUACGUGCUGUUCACAGUCGGUCCCACCCUCUACUUCCUCCACUCAGAGUCUCUCACAGCACUGGACCUCAAACCAGCAUCAGGGACUUCAAGACGGCCGUGGGUACUUGGGAAGGUGAUGGAAAAGGAAUAUUGCCAGGCAAAAAAGGCCCAGAACAGGUUCAAGGUUCCUUUAGGAACCAAGUUCUACAGAGUGAAAGCUGUUCCAUGGAACCGAAAAGUAUAAUAGCCAAGUAAUGAGCAAAAUGUAUAUUUAUAUUGCUUAAUUUUUGGACAGAAACUUCACAUCAUAAUUCAUAACUUGUAAUUUCAGAGACCUAAAAAUGGAAAGAAUUAAGAUCACCAUGCUAUCUUGAGUUUCAGAUCAAAAUCCCAACUGCUACCACAUUUUAUUAUUAUUAUUUUUAACCCAGAUUAGUUAUUGUGGACCAAAUGCUAUUAACCCUAUUAGGGCACUUCCCUAUACACUGUGGCAUUAAUGCCACUUGACCUGUGUGCAAAAUUGAACAAAAUUUGGAUGUUAAAUAUUAGUUCUCAUCACCAUACUUUGUCCUUUUGUGGAAAAUACCGUGUCAUUAUCAACAUAAUUAAAUGAAAAUAUACAUUUAUUAUAAAUGUUUAUGGGGGAAUGUUCUUGGCAUGCAUAAUGAUAUAUUUUCUUUGAUUUAAUUAUCAAAAUAAAUGUUGUAGUUGGAAAUGUAAUUAAUGCUGUUUGUUACUCACAAAGCAGUAUGGCCGUCUGUCCAUACUGAAAUGUACAUUAUGGCUGACUGAUGAAAACAGUCAUCUUUGCAAAUCCUUGAAAUGCACUUUCAAAAACGAUGCUUUUGUUGAUUUGAAAAGGGAAGUAACUGAGCUGUCAGAACUAAGUAAAUAUAUCAGCACAAACUUCUCACUAUCAUAGAAUAUUGAUAUGUAGAAAGGAAUACUUGUGACUGUGUUUCAUUAUCAGAGGACGUUGUACAUUACCCAUCAAAUCACAUAUGUAACAAUAAAUGACUGUAUUGUAAAAGAUAAGGUUUUGAAACAAUAAAGGAUUGAUCCCAAACA